UAAUUGAGGUUAGGUGCCCUCUUGACGCAUCUAACUUUUCAUUUUAUUGCGCUCUUGAAGGAAAGAAAAAUACAAUUCAUCUUCAGAAAUGAUACUGUGACACAAACGGAAUAAAGAGAAAAGCGCAAAAGUUGAAAAAAAACAAAAAAAAAAAACAAUGGCUUCGAAUUGGGAAGAAUUCUACUCCUCUCAUCCACAACCUGUAAAUUUGAACAAAAACGAAGAUUUAUUGAGAGAUUUUUGUGCACGUCAUGUGAACGGUGAUACUAGAGUCGUUCUUGUUACGAGCGGCGGGACAACUGUUCCAUUGGAACACAAUACAGUUCGCUUCGUGGAUAACUUCAGUGCAGGUACGAGAGGCUCAUCUUCCACUGAAUAUUUCCUUGAUCGUGGCUAUGCCGUCGUCUUCAUGCAUAGGGUAAAAUCCUUACAACCAUUUUCAAGGCAUUUUACUGGACAAAAAUUUUUGAAUAUGCUUGAGUUGAACGAAACAAAGGAUGGAACUUCUAUUGCCGUGGCAUCGGAAAAUGUUCCAAGAAUAGCAGAUGUGUUAAGAAAAUAUAAAUCUGCCCUUGAAAAUGGAAAAUUACUCGAAUUGAGUUUUACAACGGUUUACGAGUACCUUUGGUUACUAAGAUCCGCUUGCCAGAUUUUGGCACCUUUGAAAGAAAAAUGUAUCCUAUACCUGGCAGCUGCGGUAUCUGACUUUUACAUUCCACCCAAUGAAAUGUCGGUACAUAAAAUUGCUUCGACUAAACCCCAGACUAUAUCUCUUCAAUUGGUACCAAAAAUACUAGCUCCUUUGGUGAGCCUCUGGGUUCCAAAGGCUUUUGUAGUAUCUUUCAAAUUGGAAACGAACAAGGAUCUGCUUAUUGAUAAGGCCAGAGAGGCUCUCAAUAAAUACAAACACAAAUUGGUCAUUGCUAAUAUGCUUCAAAAUUAUAGACAAAAGGUAACGCUGGUGACUCAGCAAAGCAGCAACGUAAUUGAACUUACGACGGAACAAUCGAAUGCUGGAGAGGAAAUAGAAAUGUAUAUAGUGAAAAACGUUGUCGAUAAGCAUGAAGACUUUAUUGCUGAUUGCAGUGGGAAGAGUUGAUGGUUCAAAGUAGCAUGUCUCUAUAAAAUAAUGGUAGACAAAUUUUAUACUGCAGUUUAACGUGGGAUAUUAGAACAGCUCGUCGCUAGGGCACAGAACUGACGAAAAUUUUGGAAAACGCGUCUGUGGCGGGGUACUCCAAACGAACUCGAUAGAAAUUAGGUAACAAACUACUAGUUACUAAUUCUUUUCUCUAAAUUCUGUAUUCGGUGCUUCGACGCAAGCAAAAAAUCCACACAGGACGACAGUUAUUCCGACCAUCGAGGGACCAACGGCAACCCCAAUGACCCAAGUUAUUUUCCCGAUGACCUAAUCUACCGACUAUCUAAUGUGCAAGUCCUGUUGGGCCUUGGAAAGCACCUGGACCGGCAUCUACCGCUUAUCUGAACCUCUAAUACUGCUUCGACCGCCAGCGUUACACUUAUGAGGAUGCGCGAGGAAAACACAAAAAUUCUCCAGAUUUCCCGGCCAGGCGCCGGACCGAUUCUUAACUACUACCGUUCCAGCAGUCUUCGCUGAGAGCAUCCAGAGGACUCGACGCCGCGAUCCAAUCGGCAAGGAUGGAGAAGCACAAUACCCUGUACGACACCUU